AUGAAAUUGAAUAUCCCAGCAGUUAUCAUCUAUUCUCUCCUUGUUGGGGCCUGUAGGGCUGUCGCUGCUCCCAUCCGCACACCUGCUGCUGCAGACCGACAACAUGGUCCCUGCCGUGACUUGGGUCGUAAAGCGCUCUUCCGACGAUACGACUACAAACUGCAGCCUGAACCCCCUGAGUUCCCUCCCACCGCACCACCGUCCCCAGUCAUUGCGGCAGGAGUCAUCGCACCGCCCAACAGCCCGAUUAGUGCGCCUCAGCCCCUACCGUCGGUGCGCAGUCGCCCUCCGAGAAGAAGGGAUACAAAUUGA